GUCGAGUCGAGUUCUUGGGGCCAAUCAGUCAGCGAGGCACUCAGCGGAGCGUGAAUGGCAAUUGCCGAUAUCCACAUAUUCACGAUAUCCACACAUUCAAUUAAUAAAAUCAACAGCAGGGCCGAUAGCUUCAGCUCCUUAUCGCAAUCCCCUGGACGCCAGGACAUGGACAUGUCAUUAGCCAGGCUGCAUGUUCAGUUCCAGCUCGGCUAUGACCGGGAAACGAGCGGAGAGCUGGUCGCGAUUGUUGCUCUUGUGGCUAUAUCGUUGUGCCCGUGGUCUUCUGGUGCUCUCCUCCAGCUUGGACAGGGAUAAGCUGCAGCUGAAGGCGACCAAACAGGGCAGCAGAAAUCGCUUCCUGCACAUCCUGUGGCGCUGCAUUGUGGUUAUGAUAUACGCCGGAUUAUGGCCAAUGUUGACCUCAGCCGUAAUAGGCAAACGAUUGGAGAGCUAUGCUGAUGUCCUUGCUUUGGCCCAGUCCAUGUCGGUGUCCAUUUUGGCAGUCAUAUCGUUUGUGAUCCAGGCAAGGGGCGAGAACCAAUUCCGAGAGGUGUUGAAUAGAUAUUUAGCGCUUUACCAAAGGAUAUGCUUGACUACGCGUCUGCGGCACCUGUUCCCAACGAAAUUUGUGGUUUUCUUUUUGCUAAAGUUGUUCUUCACUUUGUGCGGUUGUUUCCACGAAAUAAUACCUCUUUUUGAAAACUCACACUUCGAUGAUAUCAGUCAAAUGGUGGGCACUGGCUUUGGCAUCUACAUGUGGCUUGGUACGCUCUGUGUCCUCGAUGCCUGCUUCCUGGGAUUUUUGGUAUCCGGAAUACUGUACGAACAUAUGGCCAACAAUAUCAUUGCCAUGCUGAAGCGAAUGGAACCCAUAGAGUCGCAGGACGAAAGAUAUCGUAUGACUAAGUAUCGUAGAAUGCAACUCCUGUGCGAUUUUGCCGAUGAGUUGGACGAGUGUGCCGCUAUCUACAGCGAACUCUACCACGUCACAAACUCAUUCCGUCGAAUUCUACAAUGGCAGAUCCUCUUCUAUAUCUACCUAAACUUUAUAAAUAUUUGCCUAAUGCUAUAUCAAUAUAUUCUGCAUUUUCUGAACGACGACGAAGUGGUCUUUGUGUCCAUUGUGAUGGCUUUUGUUAAGUUGGCUAAUCUAGUAUUGCUCAUGAUGUGUGCGGAUUAUACGGUGAGGCAGUCAGAAGUGCCAAAGAAAUUGCCUUUGGAUAUCGUUUGCAGCGAUAUGGAUGAGCGAUGGGAUAAGAGUGUUGAAACAUUUCUCGGUCAGCUGCAAACCCAACGACUGGAGAUCAAAGUAUUGGGAUUUUUCCAUCUAAAUAAUGAGUUCAUUCUUCUCAUUCUGUCUGCCAUAAUAUCGUACCUGUUUAUCCUUAUUCAGUUCGGCAUUACAGGUGGCUUUGAGGCGUCCGAGGACAUUAAAAAUCGUUUUGAUUAA